CUAGGCAGGCAGACUGCUUCUACAAACAUUUGUGAAACAAUGGAUAGCUCUCAGGAGCUCAGGAGUGAAUUUAAGCGUGGUACCGUGAUCAUUUCCAUCCGUGAAAUUUCCUUGCUACUAAUUAUUCCACGGUCAACUGUUAGUAGUAUUAUAAUAAAGUGGAAGCAACUGGGGACAACAGCAACUCAGCCACAAAGUGGUAGGCCACUGGACUCUAGAGCAGUGGAGACGUGUUCUCUGAAGUGAAAAAUAAUGCUUCUCUGUCUGGCAAUCUGAUAAUGUCUAUUUGCCAGGAGAAAGAUGCUUGCCUGACUGUAUUGUGCCAAAUGUAA